AUGCAGAUUCAUCGAUACACAAUAUUCAUUAAUGGAAAAAAAGAUAAUAAAAACAUCCAGAAUAAAGUUGACUUUAUAAUCGAGUCAUUAAUUAAAUGUAGAGUACCAAGAUGCUCUAUAAAGAUUUGUAAUGUUAGUAAUAAUAAAGAAUUUGAAGAAGUGUUAGAGAGUACAGUAAAUGGAAAGCCAUAUCCAUUAUUGUAUUUGUGGGGAGAAUUCUUUGGGACAUAUGAGGAUGUUCAAACUGGAAUAGUGGAUGGAAGUUUAGCAUUAUCAGUACUUAAUGACCCAAAUAGAACACACCAAGGAAAGAAGAUUGGAUUAAUUCGACCUAAAUCUGAAUUAGAAAAUGCUAAAAUUUAUGAGGAUUAUAUUCAUCAUGAAAAAAAACAGGAUAUAUUCAAAGACGGUGAUAUUAUCAAUGAAUACCAAAAUGAUUCUGAUGAAGAAAAAAUGGUUGAACUGAAAGGGUUUAAUAAACAAGUCCAAAUCAAUAACGAGAGUUGGAUUAGUGGAACUGAAUGGUUACUUCGGGUAUUAUCUGGAAUGCUUUUUGUUCCUCUUAUUCAACGAGUAUUUGAAAAUAAAGAAAUUAAAAAAUUAGAAGGGGACAUUGAGUUUAAUGUUAUUAGAACAAAUUGGUAUUGGAAACAUCAAAAGAGAAUCAUUAGAUUUAGUAAAGAUAAAUUUUAUAGAUUUAAUGGAGACACUUUUAGAGAAGAAUUUAAUUAUGAUGAUGUGUCUGAUGUCUUUGUCAAUGGUAAAAAUAUUGUUAUUAAUUUUAACAAAAACUCUUAUUCACAGUUCAUAGAAUGUGAUAACAGUGAUGAGUUUUUAUCUGUUCUUGAAGAGCAUUGUCAUUCUCUUACAAUAAAAAAGGUUUAA